AUGAGACCUCUCUUUCGCUGGGCAUAUCCGAUGUCCGUGAUGUCGAGCCGUACACGGACAUUGUCUGCCACAGCUGCUCCGAUUUUGACCGGCACAAGUCGCGUGGUCAAGGCUCUACAACGAAUGAAGGGGAUGAUGAGAGCUAUGGUGCCUCGAAAGGAGGGGCUGGAUGCAUUGCUCUGUGCAACAUUGUGCAUGCUCCGCAUAUUCAGAAGCGAGGAGAUUAUCGGGAUCUGUUGCUUGAAAACUCCUGCUUUGCACAAAUCAGAUACCAUUGCGCGCCGCCAAGACACCGGUCAGGAUAACCAACGCAGCUUCUCGCAUUAUCAAACUACAACGUGGCUGGGAGACAGAGCAGGAGAACACUUGGCGCAGGACACAUGGCUUGGCAAUAGAAGCCACGGUCAGCUCAAAGCUGGCCUGGGAUCGGGGAUUGAAAUGGCGGUGUUCCUGCAGUGA